AGGCCGGUUGGGGAGAUGCGACCGCGACCUCCCAACGCCACCCGCUUCAGCCGGGGGCCGAACGCCGCCCCGUCCCCGAUAACAGGCCCCGCCCCUGUCUCCGCCCGCCGGAGGAGCGCGCUCCCGCCGCCCUCCAGCAUGUCUGCGCUGUACCUCGGACGCUGCGCUCCGCGUCCCGCCCCGAGGAUCGCCCUGCAGCCGCUGGGGCUGUUGGCCUUGCUGGCGCUGUGCCUGGCGGCCUGGGCUGACUGUCCUUGCCGAGAACCUGAGCUCUGCCGCCAGAUCCGACACCGCCCGGACUUCGAGGUCUUUGUAUUUAAUGUUGGACAGAAAACUUGGAAAUCUUAUGACUGGUCACAGAUUACAACUGUGGCAGCUUUUGGAAAAUAUGACUCAGAACUCAUGUGCUACGCUCACUCAAAAGGAGCCAGAGUCAUGCUAAAAGGAGAUGUACCCUUAAAGAACAUCAUUGAUCCUAAUUUCAGAGCAUCCUGGAUAGCACAAAAACUUCACUUGGCUAAAACACAAUAUAUGGAUGGAAUUAAUAUUGACAUAGAGCAAGAAGUUAAGUGUCCAUCACCUGAAUAUGAUGCAUUAACGGCUUUGGUCGAAGAAACCACAGAGUCUUUCCAUCAUGAGAUUGAGGGAUCACAGGUAACUUUUGAUGUAGCUUGGUCUCCAAAGAACAUAGACAGAAGAUGCUAUAAUUAUACUGGAAUUGCAGAUGCUUGUGACUUUCUCUUUGUGAUGUCUUACGAUGAACAAAGUCAGAUCUGGUCAGAAUGUAUUGCAGCAGCCAAUGCUCCCUAUAAUCAGACAUUAUCUGGAUAUAGUGACUACAUCAAGAUGGGCAUUGACCCUAAGAAACUUGUAAUGGGUGUUCCUUGGUAUGGUUAUGAUUAUCACUGCCUGAACUUAUCUGAGGAUCAUGUUUGUACCAUUGCAAAAGUCCCUUUCCGGGGGGCUCCUUGUAGUGAUGCUGCAGGACGACAAGUGCCCUAUAAAACAAUCAUGAAGCAAAUAAAUAGUUCUGUUUCUGGAAGCCAGUGGAAUAAAGAUCAGCAGGCUCCUUAUUAUAAUUAUAAAGAUCCUGCUGGCCAUUUUCAUCAAGUGUGGUAUGAUAACCCUCAGAGCAUUUCUUUAAAGGCAGCAUAUAUACAAAACUAUGGCUUACGGGGCAUUGGUAUGUGGAAUGCAGACUGUCUUGACUACUCUGGAGAUGCUGUAGCCAAACAGCAAACUGAAGAAAUGUGGAAAGUCUUAAAGCCAAAAAGCUGUGACAGAGAUGAAGAUCUUUUGUCAAACUACUAAGAUAUAGAAAAUUGAUCUGUAUAAGUCCAGUACAGUAUCUUGAAGAGAUAAACAAUAAAUUUUUGUCAUGUUGCUAUAUAUUUUAGUAUUCUCAAAAAAGAUAAAAUAUAAGUGCUUUGAUUGAUUUUGAAAAAUCAUAUUUUUAUCAAAAAUAUCCAGGUACAUACAGGCAAGAAACAAGUCAACAUACUAUAUUAAAUGUUCUGUAAGAUUUUUGAACACUGUAAUUAGGAAAAUAAUGCUUUCAAAAUUUUAUUAUGCCAAAUUUCCCCCUCUGCUAUUAAAAUAUACCUUUACAAAUCAAUGAUGAUUAAAAAAUGCCUGAAAUGUAAAUGGAAAUUGUUGGUUUAGAAGAGAUUGUUGUAAAACCUUGCCUUUGAGGGGCAAUUUGGUUUAUAUUUUUUCCAAUAAAUCUUAAAUUUGAACCCUGGAA